AUGUCAAACACUGCCCUCUUUAGCCCCAUGAAAUUAGGCAAGCACGAGCUCAAGCAUCGCAUUGCUCUUGUUCCUCUUACCAGAUUCCGUGCUGAUGAAAAUGCCGUGCCCACUGAUCUUCAAGCUGAAUACUAUGAACAACGUGCUACUGAUGGUGGUCUCUUGAUCACUGAAGCUACCUUCAUCACCCACAAGGCUGGUUCAUAUCCUCGUGCUCCCGGUAUCUACACCAAAGAACAAAUUGAAGGCUGGAAAAAAGUAACCCAAAGAGUGCAUGCUAAGGGUGGUAUUAUCUUUUUGCAACUCUGGCAUAUUGGUCGUGCUGCCAUGUCUGCCAACAUUGGCGAGCAACCUGUUAGUGCCUCUGAUAUUGCCAUCGAGGGUGUCAAUCUUCUCGGUCUUCCUCAAGAGAAGCCUAGAGCUCUCUCCAUUCCUGAUAUCAAGGAGAUUGUUGGUCAAUACCGUCAAGCUGCCUUGAACGCUAUCGAAGCUGGUUUUGACGGUGUUGAGAUUCACUCUGCUAAUGGCUACUUGCUUGAUCAAUUCCUCAACACAUCUUCCAACAAGCGUACUGACAUCUACGGUGGCUCUGCUGAGAACCGUUGUCGUUUCCCUCUUGAAGUCGUUGAUGCUGUCAUUGAUGCUGUAGGUGCUGAGCGUACUGGUAUUCGUUUCUCUCCUUGGUCUGGCUUCCAAGACAUGGCUGAUGAAAAGCCCUAUGAAACUUGGGGUUUUAUCACUCAAGCUCUUCAAGAUAGACAUCCCGAUAUGGCUUACCUUGAUUUCAUUGAACCUCGUGCUGAUUUCCAAGCUGAUUCAUACGAUGAGAAGCAAGCGGAUACUCUUGAUCCCUUCAGAAAGAUCUGGAAGGGUCCCUUCAUCUCCGCUGGUGGAUACACUUACAAUACCAAAGCUGCUUUCGAUGUCGCUGAAAAGACUGGCAACAUCAUUGGUUUUGGCCGUCUCUUCAUUUCCAACCCUGAUUUAGUUGAAAGACUUCGCAACGGCUGGCCCUUGAACAAGUAUGAUCGUAACACCUUCUACACAAACGAUGCUGCUGGUUACAUUGAUUAUCCUUUCUACAAGAAGGAUUAG